UGUUUUGUUUAUUGUGCAAUUUUUCCACAAGAUUACAAAUUCGAUGAGGAUGAGUUGGUUCUACAGUGGAUGGCUGAGGGAUUUGUACAGCACGCACAGGAAAUGAAGCAAAUGAAACGCUCGGGUCAUCUAUAUUUCCAUGAGUUAUUAUGGAGAUCCUUUUUUUCAACAAUCUACUGGCAAUAAAUCACGAUAUGUGAUGCAUGACCUACUCAAUGAUCUAGCUAAAUCUGUAAGUGGAGAAAUAUGCCUUCAUUUGGACGAUGAUAAGUUGAAGGGCAUAAAAUCACAUGCAAACGUUCGCCAUUCAGCGUUCGCUUGUCAUCGCUAUGACAGGUACCAAAGAUUUGAAGUCUUUUAUGAGAUGAGUAAUCUGCGAACAUUCUUAGCAUUAUCCCCUAAUCAAUGGGGACAUAAUUUUUUAUCUAUUAGAGUGGUGCAUGACAUAGUGCCCAAACUGAAACGUUUAAGGGUGCUAUCACUAGCUCCAUACGAGUUUGAAGAGUUGCCAAGUUCAAUUGGGGCCUUAAGGCAUUUACGAUAUCUGAACUUGUCUUACAACGCCGGGAUUAAAAGAUUACCUAAUUCACUGAUAAAUCUUCAAAACUUGCAGACACUGAAGUUAUGUGCUUGUCGGAAUCUUAUUGAGUUGCCCACAGGCAUUGGCGCUUUAAUCAAUUUGAUGCACCUCGAUCUUAAAGGUACGGAUGCUUUGCAGGAGAUGCCAUUGGGGGUAGCUAAAUUGAUAAAUCUUCAAAUAUUGUCUAAGUUUAUGGUGGGAAAAGGAAGUAAUUGCCUUGGAAUUAGAGAGGUAAUGAACCUCCCUCAUCUAGAAGGACAACUUCGUAUUGAAGAGCUACAGAACGUGGCAAGGAUCGAAGAUGCAAAUCUCGUUGAUUUAAAGAAGAUUGAGAAUCUUGAUGAUUUGGCUUUGGUAUGGACCCAUAAAUUGCGUGAUUCACCACGCGAAGAGGAUCAUGAAUUCCAGGUUCUCAACUUGCUAGAACCUCAUCAAAAGUUGGAAAGCCUUUCGGUUCAAUUUUAUGGCGGUAAGCAAUUUCCUUUGUGGAUAGGAGAUCCUGCAUUCACAAAUAUGGUGGAUCUAGAGCUUUGGGAUUGUCAGAAUAUUACCUCGCUGCCACCGCUAGGUAGACUAUGUAAACUGAAAAGGCUGUGCAUCAAAGGCAUGGAUGAACUGCAAGAAGUAGGGCUUGAGCUUUCCCCGUCCCUUCAGAUUCUACAAAUUGAGGAUAUGUUGAAGUUGAAGCAAUGGGCUCACUCUGAUGACGUCAAUGUAGAGGUUACAAGAAAAUUUCCCAGACUACGUCGCAUUUGGAUAGGCAAAUGUCCUAAAUUGGUUGUGACAUUGCCUACCUCCCUUCCUUCCCUUGAGGUAUUGGACAUUCGUGGAUGUAAAGAUAUUAUUCUCGAAAGUGUGCAUGAUCUAUGUUCCCUUCAAACCUUGUCCAUUUCGAGUAUUUCAGCGCUUGAAAAUUUACAUCAAGUGGUUACGCAGUCCUUGGUGGCGCUAGAACAUCUGUCCAUUGAUAAUUGCCGCCAAUUGAUACACCUGUGGCAGGGUUCAACUGAUUUAGACAAACUUUCUAGGUUGAAAUCUCUAAGGAUCCAAGGUUGUGAGAAGCUAAUGUCUUUGAUAAGAGGAGAAGAAGGGAAUUUGCCUUGCAAUCUUGAAAUUUUGGAGAUAAUGUGCUGCAAUGGAUUGGAGAUUCUGCCAAAUGGGUUGCAUAGCCUUGUGUCUCUUAGAGAGCUGAAUAUCUGUCAGUGCCGAAACCUUGUGUCCUUCCCAUCUGCGGGCUUACCUUGUAGUCUUAAAAGUCUCGAUAUCAAAUAUUGUGAUUCUCUGGAGUCCUUGCCUAAGGGCAUUGUGCAUGAUAGUAACACUAGGAAUGAGAUGUCUCAUCUUGAGGAUGUGAGUGUCAGUGGAUGUCCAUCUCUUACAUCGCUUCUAGUUGGUGAAUUUCCCUAUUCAAUUAAAGAAAUUGAAAUUUGCUUUUGGACGACACAACUAUUGGAGUCGUUUCAUAAUAGGUUUUCGCAUCUCACCACAUUAGCAAUAUGUUACUCUAAGUUGGAGUCUUUCCCAGAAAGUGGAUUGGCCAUUCCCAACCUUAGCCGUUUAAAAAUCGCCAACUGUGGGAAUUUGAGGUUGCUUCCCAAUCAAAUCCAAAAUCUCACAUCUCUUCUCGAUUUAGAUAUACAUAGUUGUGGAGGUUUGGUGUCCUUUCCAGAUGAGGGUUUACCCCCAAACCUUUUCCAGAUGAGGGUUUACCCCCAAACCUUCAAUCUUUACAUAUAUGGAACUGUGGAGGUCUGGUGUCCUUUCCAGAUGGCGGUUUACCCCCAAAACUAG